CAGUGAUAGCUUGGUAUUUGUUGGUGGAGUGUCUAUUCUAUGUAUGCAAUUAUACUUGGUGAAGAUACAAAUAUAAUCAAAGUUAAAAAAUACGUUAGAUUAAACUUGUCUGUUUGAAAAGGGUUUGAUCAACGCCGGGCGUGGACUCAAGUCAGGCCCUGUUCGUUAGAAAUUAUACAAUUGAAAUUUUUUUUGUAUCAAGAUAUUUGAGUUAAUCCCACAGUGCGUAUUUUCACAUAUUUUCCACUUCGAUUCCUGCUAUCAGUGGUCCAUUAUCAUUCGUUUCUCUUCUAUGACUUUAGCUCGGUGGUUAUUUUAAUUAUUCAAGAAAUCGAAAUGUUACGAAAUACCUACAAACUGCUGCAUGCAAUGAAUGGAACCCAGGCAACGGUAAAACGGAUGUUAAAUCUCGUUCCCGUUGUUGUUGAACAAACUGGCCGCGGUGAACGAGCAUAUGAUAUUUAUUCUCGGCUUCUCAAGGAGCGAAUUAUUUGUCUUAUGGGACCGAUAACAGAUGAUGUCUCAUCUCUUGUGGUCGCACAAUUAUUAUUCCUUCAGUCAGAGAGUAGUAAAAAACCAAUUCACAUGUAUAUCAAUUCACCUGGAGGGAGUGUUACAGCGGGCCUAGGAAUUUAUGAUACAAUGCAAUACGUAUUGCCACCUGUAGCAACCUGGUGCGUUGGUCAGGCAUGUUCAAUGGCCAGCUUACUCCUAGCCGCUGGAGCGCAUGGGAUGCGACACUCUUUGCCUAAUGCUAGAAUUAUGAUCCAUCAACCCUCUGGAGGUGUCCAAGGUCAAGCAACAGACAUCCAAAUUCAGGCAGAAGAAAUCAUCAAAUUGAAGAAGCAGAUAAAUAGGCUUUACGUUAAACAUACUGGACUUGAACUGCUGCGAAUAGAAAACAGCAUGGAAAGGGACAAGUUUAUGUCGCCAACUGAUGCGAAGGAGUUCGGGAUAAUAGACAAAGUGUUAGAACACCCCCUGCAGGAAAAGGACGAUAGCAAUUCUUCGUCACAAUUGUUAGAAAACAAUGUGAAUAGCUCCCCAGCACCUUGAAUUUUGAUGGAAAUGGAUUGGUUGUAAAUAGCAGAGCCUAUUAUAAAACGUUUUUAUUAAUAAUAUAAUAUUUAAUAAACAAAGAUAAAACUGU